UAUAUACACGCAAUAAAUGCGCUUUAUAGAGAAAACAUAUAUGGAAACAAACAAGUAUGUUGUAAAACUUGUAAUUUACUUAGAGGCGUAACAUUGUGUGAUAGUGACGCAAAAUAACUCAAUUAUCGAUUAGGAGAAUAGCCAGCUGAGUAAGGGCGAUCAAUAAGGAGUUCAGUACAGGUGCAACCAGAAGAAACAUGGCAGGCAUUUUACUUCGGAGUCUUCACAAUUUGGAAAGUUCGCCCAAUGAACCUACUGCUACAUGGACUGUUCCUUUGAACGAUGGGAAUCACGUAGUGGAGUUCGAGCAUGGAACAGCAACAGGCCGACGUGUGGUAAAAAUCGAUGGCAACGACAUAGUUCAUAGAGACUGGAUGUUUCGUUUGGUCGGUGAUGAAAUUUUUACGUUUAAUAACACCAAGUUUGUGAUCAGAGUCGAUCCGAUGCCAGGUCUGAAAUACUCUUACGCAUUGUGGGUAAACGGAAAAAGCUACAAGCAGUUCGUUCAGUCGCAAUCAAAAAUACUGGAGACUUGGUUAGCCAAAGUUGGAGACGAGGAAUAUAGAAUCGUAUUAGACAAACAAGCUCACAGCGUUUGUGUGAAUGGACAAGAAGUGGAAGUUGAGUUUGUUUGCAGAACGAGUUCAUGGAUGGCGGUGCAGAAAUACUUUUCUCUGUUGGUGAUUUACCGGCUGCGAUCAGAUCUUACAGCUCAAAUCAGAAGGAGAUUGGUAUAGCGUAUGCUUUGUACAUCGAUGAUGUUGAAAUACAGCAAGAGGCUUUAAUGGAAUCCUAAUUAAAAUAUAUAUUUUCUCAUAGUAUUUGUUAUUCAAUUAGAUGUUUUAUACUUAAUAUUAUUAUAAUUAAUGUAAUAAUGGAUAAGUACACAUCUAUCUCUUUCUCGUUAAUCGUUAGUAUGUACAGACAUAUAACACAUUUUUUAAGAACUUUUUAUCCUUGUAAAUGUUCAAAAUUUAACUAAUACUAAUCAGAAUGUGCCAUUUUAUUUUAUGUACAUUUUUUAAAUUAUGAAUGUAAUAAACUCACUGAACACAG